ACGUCAGCCAACUGUGUUUUUCUGACGUACUCAAUAAUGGCGGUGCCCUUGUUACAAUGGGGACUGUUGUGGAUCACUUGUUAGCCAAUUACUUUUGAAUAACUGCUCAUUAUUCACACAACUGUCUGUUUUGGGUGAUUUACUCCGACGACUACAUGUUAAAGUCUAGUGCAGCGGGUCCAUCCAACGUUGCCUCUCCUCAUCUAAUGAAGGAAUUCAAGGAGAACUUUUCAGGCCAAAUAAUACUGGACCACAUCAAGCCAUGCUGGUACUGGGACAAGAAGGAUUUAGCUCACACCCCUUCUCAGUCCGAAGGCCUGGAUCCUGGGACAGAGGCCCGGUAUCGUAGAGAAGGAGCCCGCUUCAUUUUUGACGUGGGGACCAGACUUGGCCUACACUAUGACACACUGGCAACUGGCAUCAUAUAUUUCCACCGCUUCUACAUGUUUCACUCCUUCAAGCAGUUCCCCAGAUAUGUGACCGGUGCUUGCUGUCUUUUCCUGGCGGGGAAAGUGGAGGAAACCCCAAAGAAGUGUAAAGACAUCAUCAAAACAGCCCGCAGCUUGCUCAACGAUGUGCAGUUCGCCCAGUUUGGAGAUGACCCGAAGGAAGAGGUGAUGGUGUUGGAGAGAAUUUUGCUCCAGACUAUAAAAUUUGACCUGCAGGUGGAACACCCUUACAUGUUCCUGCUACGCUAUGUCAAGCAACUCAAAGGGGAGAAGAAUAAAGUGUGCAAGGUGCUACAAAUGGCCUGGACCUUUGUCAAUGACAGCCUGUGCACCAUGCUGUCUCUGCAGUGGGAACCAGAGAUUAUUGCGGUAGCCGUCAUGUACCUGGCAGGCCGCCUCUGUAAGUUUGACAUCCAGGAGUGGACCGCCAAGCAGUCAUCACGUCGCUGGUGGGAGCAGUUUGUGCAGGACGUCCCAGUUGAGCUGCUUGAAGACAUUUGCCACCAGAUCCUGGAUCUGUACUCUCAGGGAAACAAGCCCAUCCCUCAGCAGAUACAGGAGAAGGAGAGGGCAGCUGCUCCUCAGAUGCCCAUUCCUCCAAUCCCACAGGGACUACCACCAGCCCCCAUCCCUCCUCCCCCACCACCAAAGAAGACUUCACCUCAGGGAGGCAGCCCUGCACACCAGCUCAAACGCUCACAUACAUCCCCAAAAGAUGAACCAAAACCUCCAGAACAAGUUGGAUCAAAGAUUCCUCGACUAGAGAGCCCCAUGCCCCCACUGCCUACAUCGCAGCCUCCCCCAGACCGCAAAGCCCCGGCUCCAGCCCCUCCCACGGAAGCAGAGCCAUUAAAUGAAGCCGCUCCUCCUCUACCGCACGCCCCACCUCCACACAAGCCCCCUCCCCUACCCCAUCGCCCUCCCCCACCGCCGCCCUCCAACUACAUCAUGUCGACCACCAUGUCCACCACCAGCUCCUACAUGUCCGGAGAAGGCUACCAGAGCCUGCAGUCGAUGAUGAAGACGGAAGUUCCCUCCUACGCCCCGAUGCCGCCCAGCUACGCGCCCCCAAUACCACAAUAUCACCCCCACGUCUAUCCACCGCCUGCAGCACCACCUCCAGGCCCUCCUCCUUCCAGCUACCCACCACCCAACUUGGCGCCAACGUACCCGCCGCCAGGCUACAACAGCUACCCGCCUCCACGCAUGCCACCGGGCCACGUACCCCCUCCAGUUAUAGGUCUCCCUCCCACUGGGUAUCCUCCACCCCCUGUGCCCCCAGGACAGUCACAGGUGCCCCUGCCCCCUCUGCCCGGCAUGCCUAUGAAUCAUGGUGGGUGGAUGAGAUGAGAGUAAAACCCCGGAACUGAAUCUGUGCAGAGCCACAGCUGGAGAUGGAAACAACCAGGAACUCGUGUUAUGCAGCUGGUUCGAAGAGAGGGAGAGCUCGUUCCCUUCCAGUAUGACUUUUGUGGAGGAGGUUCUUAAUGAAGACUUAACAACAAAUAUACUUGAAAGGAAAAGUGAGGUCUGGACAGUAUUGUUAUGGGAACCUGAACUGGCACUGAAAGACUGUACACUCUUAAACACGUACAUGAAUCAUGUAGUUCCAGGAUCUUGUAACAAACACUGUCCACUCAUUGUUUGUUCUGGAAAAUGUACCAGGAAAUAUUAGCUCCCUGAAUUUAGUUUUGUCACAUUCAUUAAUUUUGGGACGAUGAAAUGUACUGUUUUUUUUUUACUUGACCUUUUUCAGUAGAUCAAAGGUUGACUCAUAUUUACUUCUAUCACCCUGAUUAUGUUUUGGUUUUCCUGAAUUUGCACUCGUAUCGUGUCCUUUUUCCGCUGCAGUCUUUUUUUUCUUUACUCAACAUUCCCACUGUUUUGCAGAGAAGAAAUUUGAUGGUUGUACAUGCAGAAGUUGAAUAUAAAAAGGACUCAUUAAAACAUGUUCAUCAAUGUACAGUUUGUUCAAACAUGCUGUAUAUACUUUUUGUCAUAACCUUUCUGCGAAAACACUGUAAUAUCAUUUUAUCACACUUAUUUCCCGUCCCAUUGUGUUAGUGAAUCUGCACUGCAUAAAAGUCAUCAAGCCGACCAUGUCUAACACUGGACAGCCGAAGGGAUAUCUGUUCUUCUCAUUUAGGCAUUUCUUUGAGUUUCUAUCCAUAUGUGCCUUUAGUCAGGCUUCUCUUUUCUGUAUCCUGCACGCAGCUUUGGUUUUGUGUCUGAGUGGCAAUUAGGACAAUAAAGGCCUGCUUUUCCUACUUUGAA